AUGCAUCGUUAUAAAAUGAAGCCUUUUAAAAAUUUCCCCCAGACUGUUAUACCCGGUGAUCUUAUAUGUCCAAUAUUUGAUGUUGAUGAUGAUAACAAGCAAGAAGUGGUAAUACGCUUCCUAACGGGCACUGGCUGUAAACAGGAGAAUUUUAGAGUUAACGGCAAGAACGUUGAUAUUAUCGUAGCCACAUUAAAAGGUUCUGUAUCUGUGGAAGAAGUUCCAGCAGAUAUUAUCGAAGACGACGAUCAAGAAGACUCAGAGAAUACGACGUUUGUAGAAUCUCAUGAGACCACCGGAGGGGAUGCAAGCUCUGGCAAUAGUAGAGUUAUAAAAAGUUUCAAAGUAUCAGUAUCAAAUCCUAGCAAGUUUGCUAGCAAGUAUGUUGAUGACCAGUUUGUCAAUAACCUUCCGCAAGAGGGCGAUAUCGUACUGGCGAGGGUGACCAGAAUCAGUUUGCAAAGAAUAACAGUUGAGAUUUUAGCAGUUGAGAAUUCGCCCUUGCCGAUCGACUCUGGUGUCGGAAGCAAUGGGACUGGCAUAAUUGCUGCUGCUGGUGGAUCUGGUGCGUCUACGUUUUCCGUUUCGCAAGUGUCCGCGGAUUUGGGAGAAACUUUUAGGGGCAUAAUUAGAUCCCAAGAUGUAAGGGCCACUGAUAGAGAUAGAGUAAAAGUUAUGGAAAGUUUUAAACCUGGGGAUAUAAUACGUGCUCAAGUGCUCUCACUUGGCGAUGGUACCCAUUACUAUUUAACUACAGCAAGGAAUGACUUGGGCGUGGUGUUCGCUAAGUCUUCUAACGGAGCUGGAGAACAGAUGUAUGCAAUUGAUUGGCAGACAAUGAUUUCACCAAAGACCGGAGUCGCUGAGAAACGAAAAUGUGCAAAGCCCUUCUAA